UGCCCUCCUUCACCUUCACCCCCACAGUGGCCUAUCAGAGAGGAGGAGAGGCCGUCAGCAGUGCGGGAAGGCCGGGUUUAUUGAAUAUAGGUGAACCGGCAACCCAGCCCUGGCUUGCGGACACCUGGCCCAACAGCUGCUCCAAUCAAAACGAUUGCACCAUCAACUGCUGCACCGGGAGCAAUGGAAACAGCGACAGCAACCUGGCCACCUACAGCCGCCCAGCUGACUGCAUUGCCAACUACAGCAACCAAAUGGACAACAAGGCCUGCAAUCUGCUGGCUCCAGACACAGGCCUUUACAGCGACGUGGACCUCUCCAACAAGAUCAACGAGAUGAAGACCUUCAACAGCCCCAACCUGAAGGAUGGCCGUUUCGUGGGACCAGGUGGUCAGCCCACGCCCUAUGCCACCACCCAGCUCAUCCAGUCCAGCCUGGCCAACAACAACAUGAACAGCAGUAGCUGCGGAAGCGGAGGAGGAAGUGCCGACCUUAACGAGAAGCAGAGCUGGAAGAGCAGCCAGGGAACCCCUCAGAAACAGGCCGACAUCAACACACCCCUGCAGUAUAACGUCAUGGAACAAAACAAACUGAACAAGGACCACUACCGAGGUGAGGGUCCCAUCUCAGUCACCAUCCCCUAUAACCAGGCCCAGGACGCCCUCACAGGAGGAACCUACAGCAGCUCGGACAGGGGAAGCAGCACCUCUGGAAGUCAAGGGCAGAAAAAAGGUGGGCGAACAUCUAAACAGGCCAAACAGAACACUAUGAAUUGGACCGAACUGUUGCCGCCUCCUCCGGUUAAUCCACCACCAUGUCAGGAAUACACACUCGCGAUGGACGACAGUUAUGACACCGACCUGCAGUGCCCUUUGCCACCAUCUCGGAUGUAUCUGCAGCCUGACGAGCUUGAAGAGGAGGAGGAGGAGGUGGAGCUGGAGCGCGGACCUACGCCUCCUGUGCGGGGAGCGGCUUCCUCCCCUGCGGCCGUGUCCUACAGUCACCAGUCCACCGCGACCCUCACCCCGUCCCCUCAGGAGGAGAUGCAUCCCAUGCUGCACGACAACCCUGACCUACAUGAGCGCAGGCGACUCUUGGUGAGCCCACCCCCUCCACCGCGCCCUCUCUCCCCGCCGCACACGUACGGCUACAUCUCCAGCCCCCUCGGCCUGGACACGGAUGGCCUGGAGGAAGAUGAGGACGAGGAAGAGGGUGACGAAACGGAUGCAGAAGUGGCUCGAGUCCACCAGCACCACAGCCACCCUCACCAGCAGCACUUGCCCCAGCAGAGGGCUCUCCUGCGGGGCCUGGAACAGACCCCGGCUUCCAGCACCUGCGACCUUGAGAGCUCGGUCACCGGGUCUAUGAUCAACGGCUGGGGCUCGGCUUCAGAGGAGGACAACGCCUCGUCGGGACGUUCCAGCGCCGUCAGCUCGUCGGACGGAUCUUUCUUUACCGAUGCUGAUUUCGCUCAGGCCGUGGCAGCUGCGGCCGAAUAUGCUGGUCUACGAGUGGCAAAGCAUCCUGGGAAAGGCCCCCAUCAGCUUCCAGUGUCUGGAGCAGCACGGAAAUACCAAAACCUCCCUGCGGGACACCGUCCAGGCAGCCCAGUGUCCACAGACAGUAACGUUAGCGCAGCCCCGGGUCAGAGGAGGCCCCUAAAGAGGCAAAAACAACAUCCAGCUGCUCAGACAGGCUACCAGCGGCGAGAGGCCUACACAGAGGAUCUUCCACCUCCUCCGAUUCCUCCCCCAGCCAUGCUGAAGUCUCCAACACACCCGGCCAAAACUAUCCCGGAGGGACCACGGGGGGCCAUGUCACCCAGAUCCAAUUCUGCUGAUGGCAAAGACAAGCGAACGAAUCCGGGCGGACCCAGGCCCCGGGAUGGCUCAGACACCCGGACCAGCUCUUCAGAACGGCGUGAGGGCCAAGAUAUACAGAGGGGUCAAAGAACGGGGAAAAGCAGCAAACAAGAUGCCGGUGCAGCCCAGAAGAGCCGCCACCACCCAGGCUCCGAGGACAUCCUACCUUAUAGUCGCCCAUCUUUCCCAGCCAUCCACAGUCCUCGUGGAGAGAGGGACCCCAGCUCCUCCAGUUCACUGUCCUCUCGGGGGUCCGGUGGACGGCGGAGAGGCGAGGGGGCUCCAGGGGCCCGCAGAAACCCUGUAGAUGUUGGGCUAAACACCACAGGAGCCUUCCAGAUAGAUGGGGAGGAGCUCGAGAUGGUGGAGAGCUGAAGAUGAAAAAAAUGGCUGUUUACACAUCCUCAGCAACCAUCUUCAGUGCAGUUUGACCAUCUCGGUGGUAUCGGAAAACUACCGACCCAGAGUCGCGUUUGGAAAACUGACCAACCAUUCUUCAUUUAUUUACCUUAAUUUCAAUGUGCAUUUAAAGAAGAAAAAAAGACAGAAGAAAAAAAAAAAAACAUACAAAACAAAAACGAAGGGUACAUUUGAGAGGGGGCUAAAGCAGUUUUGUUUUGAUUCCAAUGCAAUAUGGUGCGUCCGAAAGCUCCUGAAACUGAUUACGGCUUUGUUCACCUUGGCGAGAAGGUUGUCAGUCAGCUGUUACUGUAAUGAAACUCCAGGCACAAAGGGACUGGCUGACAUGUACAUACACGUGUAUACAUAUCUAACUGUCUUUUAUAAUCCAUUGUGGUACAUUAAAUUUGUCUUCCUUGACUUAUUUGAAUAAUUUUAAAAAUUACACCAGUUAAUAUAAUUUUUUUAUAGCCGCCAUCCUGGUUGUAAAUUGUCAUAGUGUUUAAACUGCCCCAGGAGAAGUGCCACAUUUUGAGGGUUAUUGUUUGUUCGUUUUUGUUUUUUGUAAUGCACUGUUAUUCUUUUGUCAUUGUUGAUGUUUGUUGUUCUAUGUUUGACUUUGGUUUUAAAAGCACAAUCACUAAACUUUAUUUUGAACCAUGUUAUUGAUUAACCUUUUUGUCUUACGCGAGGGGUGCGCGGACGGUACGACAAAAGGCCUUGUUAAACCUGUCGAUGUAGGGUUAUGAGAAAAGAAAAAAAAAAAAGAUAAGCUGUUUACAAACGAGUGAAUGAAUGGAAACGAAUCCCUGCAUCCUGACCUUCGGUGUCUUUUCCAGAUUCUCAUUCCAGCUCAAAAUAUCCUCCAAAAAUGAAUGAAAUAUACAGGAAUAAUGCAGGGAUGUUAUGUCUACGAAAGUAUUGCUCCACCUGUGCACUUUCGUUAUUCAAAAGAGAAAUCAUUUUUUCGAUUUACAUAUGCACUUAACAGGAAGUGGGUGUCGGUUUGAGAAUCUGGGGUGGCCGUGAUUGGCUGGCCGAGGACCCGGCUCUGUUGUGUCAGUCACGCUCUAAAUGGGGUGAGGAUGUGAGUGUUAAUUCAUUUGACAUCUGCAAGCAUUUGUUUCUUAAAACAAAAAAGCAUUUAAAAAAAAUGAAGAAAAAAAUAAAUCAAAAUACUGAAACUGA